AUGACUCGAGGAGAGGGCAGUCAAUCUCCACCAAAGCCCCCACCGAUCGCUAGCACUCACACCGCCCCGGAAAGCUCUCCCUGCUCUUCGUCUAGCCGAAGUGAUUGCUAUGGACUCGACAGAAUCUCUGCCCAAGGUGUUGACAAGCGAUAG